CGCCCGAGGCCAGCACUGUUCUGCGCAUGCCCGUCCCGGGAGCACUUCGGCCGAGUUUGGGAUUGCAAACCCGCCACCUCCUGCACCAUGUCGCGAUCCUGUUCCCCUCAGGAACUUGACAGAAACAAUCUGAUAGAGAUUGCUAAGGUUCGCUUGAAAAAGCAUGAUGUUGGGGCCAGAUACUCUUGCUCAUCCCCUGACAAAUAUGCUGUCCUCAUACCGUUGUUGUGGAAAGAAGGAAAAUUCCACCUGUUGUUCACCCUUCGCUCAGAGAAGCUCAGAAGGUCGCCUGGUGAGGUUUGUUUUCCUGGAGGACGGUGGGAGCCUACAGACACCAAUGACGCGGCCACAGCUCUGCGGGAGGCCCAGGAGGAAGUGGGGCUGCAGCCCCACCAGGUGGAGGUUAUCUGCUGUCUGCUGCCACAACCGCUUCAAAAUAACAUAUGGGUAACCCCAGUGGUGGGCUUUAUAGGCCACAACUUCCAAGCCCAGCCUAAUCCCAGUGAAGUCCAAGAUGUGUUCCUGGUGCCUCUGGACUACUUCCUGCAUCCACGCGUCUACUACUGGAAGCAAGUGACAUUUGCUGGCUGUCAUUUCAUCAGUCAUUUCUUUGAGUACACAAACCCUGAGAAUGGUGUGACUUACAUAAUCAAGGGACUAACCUCGCACCUUGCCUUGCUGGCUGCCAUAAUUAUUUUGGAAAAGAAACCCACCUUUGACUUGAGCAUUGAUCUCAAGAAUCUAAUCCUAGCCCUUCCUAAGGAGGGCAUCAGCAAGUUAUGAUUUGUGAGACCAGUAUGCAGAAAUCUGUCCAAAAGGUCUGCAAUGAGCUUCGCAAACCACAGUCAUUCUGGCUACCAGAAGCUGUCAGUUGUGACUAUUCUUCCUGAUAUGAAGGUGGGAAAAAAAUAAGAAAAACAAAACACCUUAUCUUUUUUCCCAAUUGCCUUCUGUUAUCUGAGACAAUAAAAUCUUUCAAAUGCAGAUAACUAUAUUGCUGCAUAAUUUCAUCCACCCUAUGUUAAUAAUAUUUUUCCUAUCUUAUAAGAAUGAGUAUCUGGCAUAUAAUAGGCACUUAAUAAAUAUUUGUUCAAUUUA